AUGGCCGGUCUUAAGGUGUUCAUAUUCCAUAUGUGGUACUAUUAUCUAUUGGCCAUCGGUUUUUCCUCGUUGUACUUCGACUUCCGCCGCAAGCGUUUGUUAACGCCACGUUGGCUGCGCUGCUACUGUUUCUUUACAAAUGGAGUGUUGCUGCUGACUUUACCCUUUUACUGCAGGAAUGGCAUGGUAUACUUAGACGCCUUCAUAGAGAAACCGUUGCUGGUGAUAGCCGGUCGGUUCAAUGUUGUGAUGCAGAGCUUCGUCAUUCUCUACACACUCACCAUGCGCCACCACCAUGAUCAGCGAUAUUAUGGCAUUGCGCAGCGGCUACUGCGCUUGGAAUGGAUUUAUUUUGAGAAGUGGCUGGAAGCGCCGAAACUCAGUUAUGACAGGCUUUUCUACCUCAAACUCUUCACGCUUUUCUUUCAGAAUAUUACGCUCGUGUUGGGUUGCGUAACCAUACUGGAGAAGCGUUCGCUGACGUGGGAUGAUUAUCUGCUGAAUGUAUACUUUUUCAUAAUAUGGAAUACCCUGUACUCGAUUACGCUGACCUACUUCCUCACACUGUUGCACAUUGUCAGGCGCUAUGACGUGUUAAAUAUUUAUUUGCAACGGCGCUUGCGGUGGCUCAACGCGGCCCCACAUGACUCGUCAGUGCAGAUAACGGACGCGUGGCUGUCGGAGCUUCGACGGCUACUGGAUGUACACGAACAACUGCAGACGAUUGUGGUGCAAACGAAUAAUUUAUACCGCUCUCACAUCACCGCGAUGCUACUGAUCUUCUUCCUCAGCAGCACGGUCACCUUUUAUCUGGCCUUCAUGAAUUUGGCGAAAUGGUCGACCAAACAGUUGUAUAUCAUUACGUCCUUCUUGCUGUUCGCCCUUAAAUCAUUUGAUGUAUUUUUAACCAAUCACUGCUGCGAAAUUCUUGUUGCACGCCACAGCGAGGCGCUGUCGCUGCUCAAGCGUCACCAGCACCGACUGCACUGCACCAAUUUCUCUUUGAAUGUCGCGCUGUCCAGAUUCACCAUCAAUAUUUAUGGCAUGUUCAAUCUGAAUCACCGCGCCACACUCGCUGUCCUACGCAACGCCGUUAUGCAUGCUCUGAUUUUAAUACAAUUCGAUUACAUAGUGGACCCAGAAAAACGACACGAAAAUUAA